CGGGCGCUGGCGUAGACGCGAGGGACGCUCGUUCGCUCCCUCCUUUCCACUCCAUUUAAGUGUCUUGACCUUGACACAUUGUUCCAUAGGUGAUUUAUAGUUCACCAUUUGGAUAAUGGAAAUGUAGAUUGGGAGUGGAGCUGGUUUCAAUGAAUUAGGUGCACUACCUGAAUGGACACCAGGUGGCAACCUGCAGGCAGAUGCCAACUGAGGCUAGAACAAUGGAACUUAAAGUCAAGGCUGGAAGGAACCACAGAGACCCUCUUUUUUUGCAGCGAAAGAAACCGGGAAACUGAGACAUGAGUGACUUGCUCAAUAACUAUUGAGAGAUCAAAUAAUGCUGUUUGGAAAAAUUUCCUGGCGGUUGUGUGGCUUAAAGAAACUCCCAUGGUCAUGCGACUCCAGAUACUUCUGGGGCUGGUUGAAUGCAGUGUUUAAUAAAGUAGAUUAUGAACGCAUCAAGGAUGUCGGCCCUGACAGGGCAGCCUCUGAGUGGCUGCUGCGCUGUGGGGCCAUGGUGCGCUACCAUGGCCAGGAGAGGUGGCAGAAGGACUACAACAACCUCCCAACAGGCCCUCUGGACAAAUACAAGAUCCAGGCAAUCGAUGCCACUGACUCUUGUAUCAUGAGCAUUGGAUUUGAUCACAUGGAGGGCCUACAGCAUGUUGAAAAAAUAAGGUUAUGCAAGUGUCAUUAUAUCGAGGAUCACUGUUUGGAGAGACUUGGUCAACUUGAAAAUUUACAAAAAAGCAUGUUGGAAAUGGAAAUAAUUUCAUGUGGAAAUAUCACAGACAAAGGCAUCAUUGCUUUGCAUCAUUUAAGAAAACUCAAGUAUUUGUUGUUAAGUGAUCUUCCUGGAAUAAGAGAUAAAGAAAACCUUGUUCAAGCCUUUAAGACAGCACUGCCUUCUCUGGAACUAAAAUUAGACUUGAAGUAAAAUAAUAAGUGCCUUAUUCAAUAUAAAGUAUCAUUUAAAAUUGUUGAUCCUAAACAGCAUCAAGUAUUAUAUAAUCAUCAGUAGAACUAUAAGGAUAGUAUAUCAUGACAUUUUAGAAGCAGAGUCCAUCAUGUAGAAAAUAUUCACAUGUGACUCACUAGUUACUAAACUGGAAACAGAGUUUAAGUACAUUAAAUCAUUUUAAGAAAAAUGCAACCCAGGUAGCAUUUUAAUUCUAAUAUAUUCCUCAUUUUAUAUAGAUAUCUAUACAGAUAUCUCCUGAUAUACUUAGUUCUUUAAAGUGACUUACGUGUACAACAUAUUUAUUGUAUUUUAACAGUAAUUUGUUACAUUUUAAAAUUAUUGAAGCAUGUUACUAUAAAUAUACAAUUAUGAAAAAUUGGAAGCUAAAUUUCAGAUUCACUGAUGAGUCAAUUAUGCAAAGUAGUCAGUGGUUGUUGAGGCAUUCAUUCAUCUGGCUUCCUGGCAUUUGCAUGCCUUUCUCAUGAUCCUGCAUUCCUGUGUUUUUUAUAACAUACACUCGUUCUCUGAAUAGUUUCUGGCUAAUUUGUCUAUUUAGUAAGCUUAGUCUGGUGUUUUAUUAAAAGUAGACAUAAAUACUUGACUUGA